AUGGGCACGGUGAUGUACGCACGGUCAGACUACGCCCGCCUAUUUACCGCGGAGGAACGCGACGUGGCACAGAGAUUCGAGCGGCUCUCCGAGCCCAGCAAGACGCUGUACGUCCGUCUGUUUCAGCGGAAGGGCCCGUGGUUCCGAGCAGACAGUAUGUUUGCCUACGAUGAAGUUGGCUCGGGGACGCCUUUGUGGGUUCGUCGGCGGAACGCCGCCACCACGGCCGAUGAUGCUGCUGCCGCCGCUGCCGCUGCUGCUGCUGCUGCCGCUGCCGGGGGAGAUCCCACCCCCAAGGCUCACGUCAGCUGCGAACGGCGAGAUGAAUCGACCACGUUCGGGCCGCCUCGCACUCCUUUUGCGCCUGCUGUAGGCGAAAGGGCGCUAUCCCCUCGCGCCGACAACAAAAGCCCUCCUGGCGUGCUGUCAGUUAGCGAAGGCCUGGAACCAGAGGGUGUGACGAUACCCGCUGAGCUACAUCGGGACGAAGCCCAUCCGCCCGAAGGCGUUUGUCCUUCGACCGGAUCGCCGCCACAACCGGGAACAACACCACCGGCAGAAGAAGCAGCGACAGUAGCGGCAGAGGCAGAAGCAGAGGCAGCAGAGGCUGCAACACUGGCAGCAGUCGCAGAGGCGUCUGUCGCUCUCACGCCACGGGAGCUCACUGUUCUGCACGGAGAGAUACAAUCGUCUUUGCAAGAGCUGGUGGAAGCUAGGUUCCUGGGCGCCCUGCCGGACAAUGUAGGGCGCACAGGACCCGGCCUUGAGGCCGCUCUCGCCGCGGUUGAGUGCUGCAUGCGAUCGCCCGAGAUUAAAACGCUACUGAAGAGGACGGGGGGGAGUAAGAAGGGCACGCCGACGCGCCCGCAAGCAGGCAAGGAGUCAGCAAGGUGUCACCAGCCGGCGCGCUCAGGUUCGAAACAUUCCAGACGGCAAGGAGCAGGGGCCGCCUCUGGGACGGCGCCGGGGGCAGCUCGGGGAGGGCGGCGAGAAUUACUGGAAGAACUGCGGCGGAGACUAGCCGGUCAGCAGACCCUGUGGGGCGUCAAGUCCCCGCUUGUGAAGGAGAUCGAGCGCCUGAUCUCGGUCUCCGUGGAGGCGUUGGGAGUUGAUACGACCGCGACGAGGUGCAGCGGCGGCGGCAGUAGCGACACUGGUUCUACUGUUGUUGGCGCGGGUAUGCGGGGAAAGAAACAGCGCUGCCACUGGUUGGUGGCUGUGGCUGGCGGCCCUCAGCUAGUCUUCAAGAGAGCACUGCGGUUGAUGUACCUGACUUGCAACACGGGGGCUCUGAGCAGCGGGCGGGUUGGGGCGGCGUCCGUUCGUGGUGCGAGAAUCACGGGGACCUUGUCAUCUUGGUCUCCAGGUCUCUCCGCGGCGUUCGGCAAAACGAGGACAAGGUGUAGAAUACAUCAUUGCAUGGCACUGCCGCUUAAGAGUGUGCUCGAUCUUCCACCCUUCACCCCCCUCCCCGCCAACACCACCCUGCAUCCCCUGCUGUCGUCGAUCAAGAGAGGUGACUUCUUGAGGUGGGAAGCAGCAGUAGAGCUGCGGUGCGCUCUGGACGGAGCCAUGGAGGAAAUUUCUCGAGGGCGCCAGGCAGGACCAGCGGCGGUCGCUGCUGCACGGGUGGCAGGCGGUUCGGAAUGUGAGGAGGGAGAGGAGGAGGAGGAAGAGGAGGAGGAGGGGGAGGAGGAGGAAAACGGGAGGUCGGCCGGAAAAAGAUCGCGACCGGAGGUUUUGGUUGUGGAUAGCGACGGGGAGCUUGAAAACGUCGAGGAGCCGUUUGCUUUCCGGAAAGAAGAAUCGGACAGCCUGAACGCUAACCUAGAGCGCAUUAAAAUGGACGAGGGCCGACAAGGGGCCCAAGCAGCGGAGGACGAAGGGGAGGAGGAGGCGGAGGUGAUUCGGUCUGCAGUGAGCCAGCUGGAGGACAUGAUCGCCCAGUUUUUUUCGGAAGGUGACGACGAGGGGCGCACUGGUCGUACCGCUGCCGCCGCUGUCACUACCGCUGUCACUACCGCUGCCGUCACCACCACCACAGAUCCUUCAAAUGCGAUAGCAGCGGCGAUAUCCUUCGCCUGCUCACGGUGCCUGCACGCCCAUGUCGGGAGUCCGGCCGUCACUUUGGGUUCCCAGGUCUCGUCUCCCUCGUCUGGUUUCUCUGCUGCCAAGAAUGGCGUCAGAGGAGGGAUGGAGGAAGAUGACAAGUUGUCGCGGUUACUGAGGGCGCGGUGCGGCCUGGACAAGCCCCCAGAGGCUUGGACUCGCCCCGUCAGGGAGAUAACACCAGAGGAGGUGGGUCAGAAGAGAACGAGCACUUACGCGGGUCGUGCGGAGCGUCCUCGUCAGCAACAGCAAGAAGAUGGAAAAUGUGCGCCGGCGUUGCUCACGCAUCCCAGCGAGUCACGACACCACGAGAACGAACCGAAAUUGAGACUGGUCUCCGUGACGGCAGGGGGGGUUGCUUCUGGAGGAGACCCCACGUCAGAUUUCGCUCCAGUACGAGAGCAGGUGGGGGCAGCUACGGGAAGCGGUACUGAGGAGGGGAAGGGGGACGUAGUCGGCAGCAACAACGAGGUGCCGGAGUUCUUGCUACAGCUCGAAGCGGGUUGGGUCUUGGCUUCGGCGGUGUGGGAAGGAGUGGCGCUUCUAGAAAGAGCGAGGGACUACGAGGGCGCCGUCGAGCUGUUAACCCAGCUGCUGGCAACGAGGUACACGCCUCACCGACGAGGGCGUUGGUGGAACCGCCUGUCGCUCGACCUCGCACACGCCAAGCGCCUGCUGUGCGCGCUCUGGGCCUCUCAGGAGGGCCUGAGGGACCCCCAGGUUCGCGGGGGCGAUCGCCUGGCUCUGGAGAAGAGGGCUUCCAUGCUGUCCACGAGCGGUGGCAAUGACGGUGGUGUUAGCAGCGAUGACGACCAGGAUGACGUAUUUGAGGAUCCAGCCGUCGAGCAAGCGCGGGUCCGAGCCCAGAAGAAGAAGAAGGAGCGACAGCGGCGACGAAAACAGCAGCAGCGCCCAGCUCUUGGCAGUGGCAGUGGCAGUGGCAGUGGCAGCAGCGGCGGCAAUGUCAGCAGCAGCUGUAAGCACACGGAAAAGGAAACCGCGCCAGUGAAGGCGGAUCCUUCCACAAGGUCGAGCAAUGGCGAGAGUGGCGACGUGUUCGAACAACACAAAAACAGCGGCGGCGGUGGUUCUCAGGCAACCGUCGGCGGCAGUGGUGGUACCGGCGGUGGUGGAGGACGCGUUGCGAAGAAGGCGGAUCCAGAGGCCGCACCGGAGACAACAACUGAUCCUGCAGCAGAAGCAGCAGUGGCGCGUACCCUCAGAUGCGAAGGCGUAGCUGAGCUGUCGCAGGUGCCGAACCUCUUUGACGAUGAGAGCAUUUCGGGAGUGGUUUUAGCGGCGACGGCAGCUUCGGAGGUGACAAAUAUUAUCGUGGACGGGACAGAAAACGACGGGCGAGUGGGCGUCCCGGAGAUCAGCAUUACGGGGAGGCGGCUUAACCGGGAGAUCGGAGUGAAGAGCCGGUUUGUGGGAUAUGGCGAUGGCGCGGCGUGCACGGUGGAGAGCCUGGUGCUACAGCACCUGUCGCAGCGGGAGGAAGGGAGCUGGGCGGGCUGGCACUGCGAGGGGUCGCCGCUGCGUGCGCUGUGGGCGCUGUUGAUGUGGGACGUGAUUUUCAGUCCGGGCGUUGCCGACGUCUUCCAGACGCCUUUCCAAGACGCCCCCCUCGACCUGGACUUCUGCCCUCUCUUCUACCUCAACCGGCGGACAGCCGUGGACGCACGCCUGGCAGAACUCCGGGCCGCUUCUGCUGCCGAGUUGGUCGCUCUGGUGGGAGACGCCUGGCUAGCCAACGCCGGCACGGUGUGCCGUGGCCUUAACUGGGACAAGUCGUCCGUGCGUCACCUUCAGGCGAUAGCGGCGGGGCUCGGGGGGCCUGCGAUGGCCUCAAUUUCAGCCGCCCUUUGCCUGAACCACAAGCACUUCGGGGGCGGUUUGCCGGACCUGCUUUUGAUGCGAGCGGUGCGGACGGACACGAACGCCGCCGUUGUAGCCGCUACGGGCGAAGGCCGAGAUGGCAAAAUCGCGGAGGGAAAGGCGGCGGCGGAGGCGGAACCCCCUGCUUUUGAAGUCGUGUCGGAAGUGUCGACGCCGGCGGCGUUUGUUUCCUGGCUCGGGAUCGACUCGGAGGUUGCGUUCGAUGUUGACGGAGGAAAUGAACGGCCGCCGCCGCCUCCUACCGACAGAGGCAGUGGAAAGAGAGACAAAGGAGUUCCCAAAAGACCGUCCCCACCGCCGUUCAAGGCAGCUGACAUGGCAGGCUUACGGCUGGAGACUUGGUUGCUGGAAGUAAAGGGCCCCAGCGACCGAUUGUCCGACCGCCAGAUGGCUUGGCUGCGCAUCUUGGACCGGGGUCGCGCCCUCGUGGGGGUGUGCCACGUUACCGAAGGUGCCGGUGGCAGCCACGUCGCGACGGCUACGACCACGACCAACGCCAUCAAGACCAAGAAAUUGAAACAUGAAAAAAGGAGUUAGUCCAUACAAAUGUUGGGCGCAAACCACACUAGAUUGGGACGUGAAUUUUCGUAGGCUUCGCUGUUCUUGGGUACAUGAGGAUUUCGCUGCCACGAGGUCGGGGGUUGGUGUGUAACAUUGUUUUUUAUCUAGCAGUGUAGAACAGAUGAAAAGCUAGGCGCUCUCGACGAUAAAUUCCCGGAGAGUAAAUCUAUGUCUGCGUUGUAGAUAGGAUAGUAAAGUAGCGACCAAGCUGUUGGCCUUUGGUUUGUUGGCGGCCUUUUCUCGAGACGGCGUGCGUAAUUGUCGUGCACCGAAGGGAAUAGUGUGUUUGUCCCGAAAGAGUACGCUGCUUUCGUUCUGUAGUUUUGCUGUUGUUGCUUGUGUUUCUCGGCCUUGAUGCGUAUCGUGCGGGUAGGUGACGAACUUGUCGCCCUGUGGACGAAGCUUCUGACCCGGUCGCUUUCCACCGUGUCUUCCUGGCAGUGCAGCGCGUACCGCAACCUCUCUAGGUGGUCAAGUCUAAACCGAUCGCCCCGGCAACACGUGGCGGCUUGGGUGCAGUUAGAAAUUCCAGCGAGGCACCUUGCACGUAGCAGAUAGCGAUUGUUCGUCUUGACGAGAGGGCGGCUAAACCUUGCUCAUGAUCCAACUUUGAGGCAUGCAACGCAG